CAUCGUUUACACCGCGCCAGUACCGUUUAGCCGGUACACAGUGUUUUCUGCUGAAAUAACAAUCAGUAAUAUGUACUUUAAUGUUAUUUUAUCUGUUUCUCCGAUGUCAGCGCACUUCAGCGAGUUGCUAUAGGAAUAUUCACCUGAUGGAAUAAACCUCCAAGGACCUCCAUGCUACUGUUUUCGGUUUAAUGUAGUAGGUAUACGUAACAGACGAUGAGCGGGGUGUGGCAGAUUGUCAUAGUCAUACCAAUUGCUUUGGGUGCGGUAUAUGUCGCAAUGUUUCACCUGAUGUCUCUCGGUAACAGCAAAUUCACAUUUUUUGCUGCUGAAUAUCUUACGCCGAAAAUCAACACAUCACUCCAAUAUCUUGAACCCAAAGUCAAUACAUCACUUGAAUAUCCCACAUCCGAAGUCAGUACAACACUCCAAAGCUCCACAGCGGAAACCAAUACAGACAAUCCUGUUCCUGAUGUGCUGAAAACCGCCAUCGUCUCCGAACAAGGCAACGAGUUCCCGGUGCAUAUUGUUCGGUUGUACAAGGAUCCACCCAGUGCAGAUUUUCAUGGCCUCUGCUGGACACAGUGUCUGAGCAUCGCUUCCGUCAUUCUUUUUGUGAAACCUGCUAAGAUCUACAUCCAUACCAAUUAUCCAGACUACUGGCCGUUCACUAAUUGCUACAUGAUCACAAAUUAUUCUAUGAUAGAAAUUAUCUACACUCGUCAACGGUUUACUCUCAAUGGGCGACGCCUUGAUAAUAUCUUUCACGAAGCUGAUGUAGUGAAAUACAACGCGGUGUACGAAUAUGGUGGAAUGGUUACCGAUUUGGAUGUUUUUUAUCUUCCCAAAAUCAACGCUUUGGUGAAAGAAUGGAGGGAGGGGAAAUACGAAUGCCUACUGUCCCGCGAGAACAGCGUAAUGAACAGCGGAUUCAUCGCAUGCCGGAAAAAACAUCCGUACAUUCGGGACAUACUAAUGCGCUACCGUUAUGAUUACCAAACCGAUUGGCUGCACAAUAGCGGCAGUGUUCCUUUUGAAAUUUAUAACAAGAAUCCACUCUAUCAAAAAUAUCUGUACGUGGAUGCACAAAUGUCCAACCAUUCCAAAGACUAUAGUGGACCGGUGCCGUACAACGAGAUCCCGGCAUGGCACUACUUCGAUCAUCAUUGCGAAGGCAGUGAAAGCAGCACGCUGAAUCAAGCUGUAAAUUCUUCCUUCUGGGAGAUGCUGCAUUUCAUACAAGGAGAAUCCUGGAAAGUGUUCCAGUUUCCAACGACUACCUCGACGCAGUCAACGACGUCGACUCAAACAACGACGUCGACACAGGCAACGACAUCGAUACAGGCCACGACGUCGACAGAAACAACGACGUUGCUGACCACGAACCCGGUUGUAACAAGUACGAUUCCGAAUACAACCACGUCGGAGCCUAAUACAACAACCGUCGCAGUGACGACAUUGACGAACACUACAAAGGUGUAAAAAAUCGAAAACUUCCAGAUUAUCUUAAUAAAGGCAGUAACAACAAGCUUGUGUGAUGAUCCCGAGGUGUUUCUAAAUAUCGUUCGAAAAAACCUUUACUGGAUUUUUUUUAUUUUGUGAUAGUACAGUAGCUGGAUUUCUCAUUACAGUGGGCAGUGGCCAUCCUUUACUAAAAUUUUCUGAAAUGGUAUGUUAACGAAUAAUAACGCGGAACGACGAAAGUAAUGGAAAAGUAAGGCAGCCAAGUGGCACUGCAACCGUGUAACGAUUACACAUUUAGCUGGACUGAAAGUAUCUUGUAUCCACAGCUAUCCAAAAAGUCACCUUUUUUACGCUCGAAAAGGCCGUAAGCACAAUUUCCCGGAGCAUCAACGCCUUUACAUUUCAAAAUUUUUUCAGUUGUUGUGCAUUCGUAAAUCUUCUGACGGAGAGGAAGCCGGGGCUUUUGGAGGGUACGAUUCUGCUGAAUUUCUAGAAUUUCAACCGUCAAAGCCGGGUUUUGUAGCGACAGGAACCUACUCGUAUAUUCUAUUUGAUAAGGGUCGAAGCAACAUUGAAAUAUGUAUAGUUGUGAAGAAGUUAACGAACAAAAUGGCCGUCUAAUUUACCAAGGUGCCCUGGCUCAGUCUAUUGUCUGAUUGCCAAUGUGUUAAUUUUAUUCGAAAAAACAAUCUUUAGGACGUACAAAAUUUAUGUUAAGUAAACCUUACGUCAAGGUCUGAUUUUAUAGUAAAUUGUUUUGGAAAACUAGGUGGAGUUUGAGGUUGUCCUGGAAACGAAAAUUCGAGUUUCUUUAUUUUAGAACAAAAAUUCCUGUUAUUUAUAGAAGUACAUUACUGUGUGUUACAUUACAAUUUUUGGAAGAUAGGUUGUUCUUUGGUUUUUUACUGCUAAGAGCUAUGACAAUCUUGUGACCGUGUUCGGCCAGGAAACGAGAGAGCUCAGGCCACGCACAUGAAAUUCUCGUGAAAU